GGAUAUCGACAGCAGAAUACAAGCAAAGUCAUGUUCCUUAUCUUGAAGAUGCUCGUUCUGUUCCUUUUGAGCUACAUCGCACUUAACUUGUAUCUUUUCUGGAAACGACGACAAUACCGACACAUCGCUUCAUUUCCCAUACCCAUUUCGUUGAAGUGGUUCAUGGGCCAUCUUCCAAAUUUAAGGAUGAGAAUAAAUCAGGCCCCAGAGGAAAACUUUAUGCAAAUAGUCGGUGAAUAUCAGAAAGAGUCAGGUGAAGAAACAGUAGUUUUGGCGCUGUUCACCAUGAACUUGGUCUUGACUCUGGAUCUUAGAAUUAUACCCAAACUCCUCACCGACCGGAUUACUUUUCAUAAGAGGGAAAUACUGAAGCAAACCUUGGGUUGGUGUGGUAAGACUCGAGCAUUCGGAAACCAUGGGUUACUGAGUGACCCGGGAGGGGAUGUGUGGGCAGCUAAAAGAAGAAUAAUGGACCCUGCCUUUACCAGAUCUUUCCUUCGAACAACCAUGGACGGAAUGAACAAAGUUGCUGAAAGAUUGGUCAAAGUCCUGAAUACAAAAGCCGAAUGUGGCCAAGCCUUUGACAUCUCAGAAUUUUUGGACAGAGCCGCUUUCGAGGCGAUUUCGUUUUGCGGAUUUAACUGGAGCGAAGAAAUGGCAGCAGAACACGGAGACGCAGCAUUGAAGAUGGCCCGAGUGAUGGUUCAGUUAACGGCAGUGGUCUUCAAAAAUCCACUGUCCUUCAAGAAUCCGUGGGGAAGAUUACCUGAAAAAGAGCAAUUCAAAAAUGCAGUUCAACCGAUUCGAGAUUUAAGUAGGAAACAUUUGGAGAAAAUAGGAGAUAAAGCUGUUACAGAAAAUAAUGUUUUAUCGCAUAUCAUCCGAGGAAAUGACUGUUCAGAUGAUCUGACGAUGGAAGAUGUGAUUGAUGACUACAAUGUUUUCCUGGUAGCUGGCAUGGAGACAACAUCCAUAACAAUGGCAUGUGCUGUAUGGUUCAUAUCAAUGAACCCUCAUGUUUACCAAAAAGCUCAAGCCGAGGUUAAGGAUGUUUUCGGAGACAGAGAUCAGAUAUGUUUUGAAGAUGUUCAAAAGUUGGUGUACAUUGAAAUGAUAAUAAAAGAGAGUUUGAGGCUCAAAGGACCAGCCGUUGGAACUACAAGACAGUGUCAGUCUCAUGGAACAAGUAUUAACGGAGUAUCCUUUCCAAAAGGAACCAAGUUUAACGUCCCAUACUUUAACCUGCACGUUGAUUCCAGGUAUUGGAAAGACCCUGAAGUUUUUGACCCAGAACGAUUUUCACCGGCCUCCAUGAAAAACAUUGUACCCUAUACCUACAUGCCUUUCUCAACAGGUCCAAGAAAUUGCAUUGGGAAAAACUUUGCCAUUUUGGAGAUGAAAGUAAUUUUGGCGAAUAUUUUUAGAAAGUUUGUGGUUGUGAACGCGACCCCACAGGAAACAGAUCUUAUGAUGCUGGGAAACAUUACAAUUAGACCAAAGAAUGGAGUUAAUGUUAGAAUUUUUACGAAGUAGAAAUAAAUUGUUUUAAGUUUAGAUUACUGAAUAAUGUGAUCUAUCUUUCAUUUAUUAAAAUUUGAUGUUUUGUGAUUUAAUUACCUGACCGUACUAUAUUCAAGAUGUGAAUUGGUCUGAUGUUACAUUUUAUUGUGCGAUUAAAAUGAUAAAAUAAUUGUUUACUAAUCAUUA